AUGUCUGCUCCAUACACAGUGCACACGUCGACACUCUUCGACCCCAAGCAAAAGAAGUUUGUCUCCGACGUGUCCAUCACGGUCGACCCGGUCUCGGGAAAUAUCGUCAAGGUCGAGCCGCGCUCACCGGGCGCUCUGGGUGAUGUUGUGCCCGCCGGCGACAUUGACCUGCGCGGCAAGGUGGUGAUGCCGGGUCUUGUGGACGCCCACGCCCACAUCUUUCUGCACAGCUACGACGAACGCCCGUCGCUGAACCAGAAGCGCGACGAGAGCAAUGCCGAGCGCAUUUUGCGCGCCGCGCAGCACUGCCGCACGGCCCUUCUCGCGGGCUACACGACGUACCGCGACCUCAGCUCCGAGUCCAUGGGCGAGGCGGACGCGCAGAUUCGCGACUGUAUCAACCGGGGGCUCAUCCCGGGCCCGCGGCUGUUUGUGGCCACGCGCGCCCUCGCCAGCACCGGCUCGUACGAGCUGCGCACGGAGAACCACGCCAACGGCGUGUGCUACCCGCGCGGCGGCGAGGCCGUGGACGGCGUGGACGAGGCGCGCAAGGCGGUGCGGCGGCGGCUGGCGGCCGGCGCCGACGUGAUCAAGUUCUUUGCCGACUACCGCCGGCGCAUCAUGCGCUACCCGCCGGCGCAGCAGCACCCGUACGUGGUGAGCGCCACGCACCCGCCGGCCGACCCCAACCCGGACAUUGUCGUCUUUGCGCAGGAGGAGAUGGACGCCAUCGUGCGCGAGGCCCGCCUCGGCCGCGCGCCCGUGGCCUGCCAUGCCGGCACCAUCGACGGCGCGCGCAUGGCCGUCGCCGCCGGCGUGCACACCAUUGAGCACGCCUACUACGCCGACGCGGCCCUGUUCCAGCAAAUGGUGGACCGCGGCUGCCUGCUUGUGCCGACCCUGGCCGUCUGCGAGCGCCUGCACGCCAAGCGGUUCCCCGCAAUCCUGGCGCAGACCACCCUCGCACACCAGAUGGGCGUCCGCCUGGCCGUCGGCGGCGACACGGGCACGUACCCGCACGGCCAGAACGCGCGCGAGAUUGAGCUCAUGGUCGAGGGCUGCGGGCUCCCGCUCGAGGACGUGCUGGAGGCGUGCACGGUGGGGGGCUGGGAGGCGUGCGGCGGCGAGCUGUGCGGCGUGCCCUUUGGGUGGCUGGCCGCGGGCGUGCGCGCGGACCUGAUUGCGCUGACGACGGACCCGCGCGAGGACCUGCGGGCGUUUCGGCGCGUCGACUUUGUGAUGAAGGACGGCGUGGUGUGGAAGCAGAACGGCAAGGGCGUCAACAUGUACGAGGACGACCACACCUGGGUGGGCUGUGAUUGA